CAACAUUGCCCAGUCCACCACCAUAUCCACACCCACUUACUCACCGCGAUGAGCGCGUCGGCUCCAGAACGAGAUCCAGGCCUCACGUCCAAGGGGCGUCCGAGGCAGAAGCGCGUGCGCACAGUCACGGGCUGCCUGCUGUGCCGACAACGGCGCGUCAAGUGCGAUGAGCGGAGGCCGCGAUGCACAAACUGCACGCGCCACCCGUCGCGCGUGUGCGUGUACCAGUUCCCGCAGAACGCCGAGGCGGGACCCUCGACGCCGAGCGACGAGGCCGGCCACACCGCCGGCCCCUCGUGGCACGGCAUGCCGCUGCCAGCCGGCCAGAUCCACUCGGUGCCGUCGACGCCCGGUGUGCCGCCGACCCCCGCGCAGCCCGCCCCUGCUGCGCCGCCGCCCGCGCCAGAGCUGACCAGCGUCGCCAUCGCGCUCGCGGACAGGCCGUACCUCUCCCCCGCGUACCGCGACCUCGUGGUCGAGCGCGUGCUCAUGGGCAUGAUGAACGCCGAGGGGCGCGCAGUCGACGUGUUGAAUCCGUUCGGGAGCAACACUGCGCUGGCAGACUCGCUGCUGUCCAGGUACCCGAUCCCCGAGAAAUCGCCCCUGCGGACGAUUAUCCAGUGCCACGAGUCGCUGGUACGGCACUGCUUCACCGAGCUCGAGCACGACGCCGAGAGCCGGUUGGUGGGGUCGACAACGGCGCUGCUCGCGACCGGCCUGCAUCAGAAGGACAAGCAGCAGGACCUCGUGUCCAACUACAUUGCGCAGGUGCGCGGCAAGCGCAUCGACCAGCCGGUCACGGGCAAGCUCGCCGCGUCGGCAUUUACGCUGUACCUGUCGCAGGCGCUCAGCCACGUCCCCGGCCGGUGGAAGGAGACGCUGCGCGUCGGCGUCGAGUGGAGCAUGGCGCGCGGUGGCCCCGGGUGGGUCAUUGGCGUCGCGCCGCCUAUCCCGGGAUACCAUGGCGGCGUGCUACAGAACGUGCAGCCGCUCGCGAUGGCCAUGUACUCGGACGUGACGGCACUACUCGUGACUUUUGCCUCGCUGACCGACGGCACGCUCCCUUCGCUCCUGAGCGUCGGCACGCGCCCAUGGCUGCUGGCGUGCCGCGCGCUGCAGGUCCAAAUGGCGCCGAGCAUGCCCGACCUGUUCGAGACGCUGCUCGGCACGCCGCGGAUAAUGCUGCCGACGUUCGCGACGGCCGUGUCGCUCGUCGCGAGGCGCAUCGGGCUGGACGGACAGCCGGAUAUGGUCAAGGAGGAGCUCGAGUUCGACGUCGCGUCGCUGCGCGCCGAGCUGGAGCAUGUGUGGCCGGCACGCCUCGCCGCGCGCCAGGAUACCCGCAAGCUGCAGUACGGCGGGCGUCUGUGGCGUCUCGGCGUGCUCAUCUUCACGAUGCACAAGGCGCAGCUGUACGCGCCGGCGACGCCAGAGCUGCAGGCCGCUGUCGGCGGGUUUAUCGAGCUCGCGACCGAGGCCGCGGCCGACGUCGGCGACCUCAGCGGCUGGAUCUGGCCUGUGCUUCUCGUCGCGUGUGCCGCGCACACCCCGCGCCACAGGACAGACCUCGUCGCGUUCCUCCCGCUGCUCAAGAGCGCCAUCAACGACCGCGUCAACACGGCCAUCUGCGAGCGUAUCCUGUCGCUCGUGUACACGCACCACGACAAGGGCGACGUCUUCUACCACGUCAAGGAUGCGGUCGACGACGACCCGUCGCUCGACAUUCUCCUGUUGUAG